CAGGAAGUGACGCAGAGCAGGGGGGUGAGUGGGGUUAGACAUGGACAACUCAGCCAAGGAGCGGGAGGCUGUUAGCCUGGUGGCUGAGGCAGAGAAGAAGGUCCGCUCGGCGCGCUCCUUCAUGGCCACCUUGUUCGGGGGGUCUUCUAAAUUGGAAGAAGCAUGUGAAAUGUAUGGCAGGGCUGCUAACAUGUUCAAGAUGGCUAAGAACUGGAGUGCCGCAGGCAAUGCCUUCUGUGAGGCGGCUAAGCUCCACCUACACUUGCAGAGCAAACAUGAUGCAGCAACAAACUUUGUGGAUGCUGGAAAUGCCUUUAAGAAAGCUGAUCCUCAAGAGGCCAUUAAUUGUUUGAACAGGGCUAUAGAGAUUUACACAGAUAUGGGCCGAUUUACAAUUGCAGCGAAACAUCACAUAUCGAUAGCAGAAAUUUACGAGAGCGAGCUGGUGGACAUCGAGAAAGCAAUAGCACACUAUGAACAGGCGGCAGACUACUACAAGGGUGAAGAAUCCAACAGUUCUGCGAAUAAAUGUUUGCUCAAAGUCGCCACAUACGCUGCACAGCUGGAACAAUAUCCCAAAGCCAUCGAAAUAUAUGAACAGGUGGGCACGACUGCCAUGGACAGCCCACUACUCAAGUACAGUGCGAAAGAAUACUUCUUCAAAGCUGCUCUCUGCCAUUUCUGUGUCGACAUGUUAAAUGCUAAGUUGGCGGUGACCAAGUAUGAAGAAAUGUUCCCUGCCUUCUCAGAUUCCAGGGAGUGUAAACUAGUUAAGAAACUCCUGGAUGCUUUUGAAGACCAGAAUGUUGACGGCUAUACUGACGCAGUGAAGGAGUAUGAUUCCAUCUCACGGUUGGACCAGUGGUUGACGACAAUGUUGCUGCGAAUCAAGAAGACCAUUCAGGCAGAAGAGAAUGACCUGCGUUAAAGGCAGAAAUGUUCAUGUAUUAGUAACAACCUCUGAUCAAAAUUCAACUGGCUGUGGGGGAGGGAGGAGGGAGGGACGGAAACAGAUGGUUUUUGAUUUAAAAAGAAAUCUGCAAAUUGAAAAGUGAAGCAUUCCAGAAAUGGAAGUGUUUGAACAUUUCUUGCAUUUAUUUAAGAUAAAUUUUCUGCUUGCAGAUUGGACUGUAAUGAGCUGUAAUUUUUGAAGCAAAUCUGUAAACCAUAAAUUAACCCCAACCACCCUUUCAUUUCCUAUAUUCUUGCAAGAGUUCUAUGUAUAAAUGCAAUUUGCCCAUUAUAUUUAUGGCAUUAACUUGAUAUUAUAACUGUAGCUAUUUAAAUAAUCCAGGGUAUAGCAUGAAGAUUGGGAGAGAUUGUCUUGUUUGCUCCACUCAGUUUGUCAUCCUGCAUUUCACUAGUUGGCCUGCUGUUAGCUGUCCAGCAGUUGCUGCUGAAAAUACAAGACUUGAUUAAGGGCCACAUCAGCCUUGCUUAUGGUGCCUACUGCAGAUGAAUAGCUGUCUGUUGCUGUCUUGGGUUUGCUUGCAUUCCUCACUGGGAUCAGUUAACCCCAGAAAGUAAGCUAAUAGUUUCAUUAGGAGGACGGGGGGGGGGGGGGGGGGGGGGGGGUGGUUUGGGGGCAGGGUGGGUGCAAGUAGGAAGAAGGGUUUUGGAAUGUGUUAUACUAAUAGGUAGUGUUUUAACCUGAAUUUUCCUGUUUGCUUCUUGGAGCAUCACUUGUACACUUAAGUUAUUUUGGGAAGGAUUUACAGUAGCACUUAUUAUGGGAAUGUGGACAUGCACACCUUUGUCUAAACAGGCCAACUGAGAGUAAUGGAUACUGACUGCAUGGUUAGUCAUCUGAGAGGGAGGUUGUUCUUGUGUGUGGUUACAAGCUGAACUAGUUGCACCUAUGUAUAAAUACAUAAAUAUUAUCAUUUUUAGAUCUGAAUAAAUAAUGCAAGUUGUACCACC